AUGCAGAAUCAGGGGCUUGCCGAUAAGGUCGUACAAGCUGCCGAAGAAAAAAUAGCUGCUGAUACGACACGGAUUCCAUACCAGAGAGCAGGGACACCCGAAGAAAUUGCCAAAGCCAUACUAUUCCUGGCAGACAGUCGAGGUACCGGCACGGCGUUGGCUUGGACACAUUCCAUUGAAAGUUUUCUUUCAACUUACAACGAUGUUUUAUGUACAUGGAUUGUAUUUGGAUGGGGAUCUGUUCGCACAUUGUCAUAA